UUCCGGAAUACAAAAACCAAUGUUUAAUACAGCGACAAAUAACAAAUGCAACCAAUUUCUAGAAUAAGCCUCGUCAGUUACUUUUUUUUUUUGCUGACAUUUAUUUUAAUUUGUCCUUUGCUGCUUUCGUCUGUCUUCUUUCCUUGUUAUUUGAAAUUGUGUGAUAUAAAGACUAUAUUGGUUUGCCCCCUCAGUCUUAGGAGAUGGGACAUUUGACUCUAUCUUUUGAUAUGGAGAAUAUUCAAUCAGAAAAUUACAGUUUUCUUCCUUCUCGUUUUCAUUAUUCAAGAUGCAAUAUCGAAGCUUAUUAUUAUUCUUGGCAUUGUCCUUCUGUAUUCUAUUAGUAAAUGCAAUUGAAUUUAAGAAUCAAGACCAUUCAAACUAUGGUGAUGACAAAGAAAACAAAGAACAUAUUCGUGAACAUUUGAGAAAAUUAUCAGCUACUUCGGGAGAAGAACCUACUGACUUGAGCGAUGAUGACAUGAUCUACUACCUCUUCUUGAUUCACGAUCUCAAUGGCGAUGGAUUCCUCGAUGGACAUGAGCUUAGAGCUGCUUUUACAGAUUUUGGAGACGAGCAUGAAGAUGCUACAAAGUAUUUGUCUUUGGAAGAAGUGACAGAAAUGGUGGAUCAUGUUCUUGAAGAAGAUGAUUUGGAUGGAGAUGGACUUAUCAGUUGGUCAGAAUACCUUGAAUCACAGAAUUAUCAUCAUGCUGAAGUUGUUUUGAAAUAAACAAAAGAUUGUCUUGGUCAAUUAUUCAGUGAUCUUCUUACUGCUUAUUUUGUACAUGAAUGACGAUAGAAUGGUUUCAUACG